UGCCAGUUGCAGCGUCCAGCAUCCACUGCCGCCAUGUCGCACCGCUCCGUGUGCCCGUCCGUGGGCACAAUCGGCCGCCCAUUAUCGCAGCGUGUAGCCACGAGCUCCCGCUGCGCCCGGGGAUUCCAUGCCUCUGCGCGCAGGCUCGAGGACCAGCCCGGCGCUCCUCCGACGAAGACGCUCAAGGACGCCAUGACAGCCCCGCGCGAACCCCGCCGUCUGCGAAAUGCCAAUGCCGCACAGCAGGUGGGAAACCUUUCAUUCAACCGUCCGCCCCCCGGCACGGUCCUUGCGAGACGAUCCGGCACCAGCCCGCCAGACGGAGCCAAGAUAAUCGCGCCCCGAAAGCCGCUCGUCAGAAGGGAAGCAGUCGGCCCAGCUGGCCCCCCUGGCACCAUGGUGCGCGCCCCGUCCACGCUCCGCGUAACCCGCGACGGAGGCCCUCCUGCCAGACGGCCACAAGGCGGUCCCAAUCUACGCGCCCGUGGAGGAGGCCCGCCUGGAGCGACCGGCGCUCGUGGUCCCGGCGGUGCCCGUGGUCCCGGUGGUGCUCGCGGCCCAGGGAAGAAAGACGGCGGCAAAGGCGGGUCAGCGAAGCGUGAGCGCGGCGGAGGAGCAGCGGUAGAUAGCGCCCCGGAGAUCGACAAGGAGGGCAUAACGCCUGGUGCGAUAGAAGGCAGCAUGAUGCAGACCCUGUACCGUCAGCAGCGGAGCCAGUGGGACCGCAAGCCCUACGAGCCCAAGUACGCCCCUGGCAGCUUUGCGGCAAACGAACUGAUCCACGCCGGACGGGAGCUGUUCAGGGGAGAGGCGCCGCCUGUGAAGAUCUGGGGCAAGUUGGAAAGAACACUGAACAUCGUGGGCAUGCAUGGUGCGGCAGCGCACUUGAAGGUCCGCAGGGUCCCGGAUGGAGACGCUGCGCCCUUUGGCGAGGAGGAAGAAAACUUGCUGAAGUCGAAGCAGAAGGGUGCUGCUGAGCAGAAGACCAUCACCAUUGCGUAG